CGGGUCUUUACCCACCUCGGGUGGGAAAAAGCAUAAAAUCAACCAGCAUGAGGAAAGUUCACAUGGUAGCUAGCAAAUAAUAAAGAAGACACUCGGAGCAAAGUUUCUGACAUACAGACAUACUCGAAAAUGUCUGCAGCUAAAAUGAAACUGCGGGAGAAGAAGAUGAGAAACCAGCCCGUCAAUAUACAGUACCCAUCUUCUCCCCUGACUGAGGAGAGCAGCACACAGAACGGAGGAGACACCCCGGUCACCGGUGGAGGCGGUGGUCCAUCUAACAUCCAUCCAUUGCCAGAGAAGCUGAAUAGUCCUCACCACAAGGGUGGAUGGGUCCGUGGACACCAGAAAGAUGGUGGAAGCUAUGACAAGCUUAUGCCCAAGUACAUCACCGCUGGUGCUUUUGCUAGAGCCAGAGCAGCAGAGGUGAGCACCAUGUUGAAAGCUGUCAGGAAGGUAACAAGCAGCUGCCAGUUGUUUGCAUCCCUGCCCAACCAUAUGAGGAGACGGGCCAUGAGCCACAACACCAAGCGGUACCCUCGCAGACUGAGAGAUAUGGCGAACAGACUGCGGGAGAAGAGCCUCCAGGCUUGCUCUAAGAAGAAGGAGCAGACGAAGCGCCAGAGCCGCAAGGCUCGCCGCCGGCAUGGAAACCUUCUACUGGAGUUCAACCGCCGCCAGAGGAAGAACGUAUGGCUGGAGACGCACAUUUGGCAUGCCAAGCGUUUCCACAUGGUUAAAAAGUGGGGAUACUGCCUUGGGGAUAGACCAACUUACAAAUGUUACCGCCCCUGCUACAGAGCCAUGAGCAACCACUGUUUGCUGCAGGACCUUUCUUACUACUGCUGCAUAGAGCUACAAGGAGAGGAAGACAAGCUACUGGCCUCUCUGUCACAAAUGACCAGUAAGGAAGCUGGUCCUACAUUUGCUGCAGCACUGUGUAUAUCAGGGCGAAGACAGGGCAGUGUGGUGCUUUACAGAGCAGGACAUUACCCCUCGCAGCCCCUGGGCCCUGUCACCUUUCUCUGGAGGCCCCGUGUACAUGGCUCAACUCACAGACAGCUGUGGAUUUGGGCUCAUCCUACUAUUAAACAGGAUCUUCUCCCUGAGUUACAAAGUGUGUGCCAGUGCUGCGAGGCUGUAGUCCCUCCAGUUGUGCCUUUGGUAACACCUGCAGAGGUAAUUCCUACCCCAGAACCAGAGCGUAGACCUGAAAACACCCCUGAGGCCAUGCAGAUCCACAGGACUAAGAGAAAACGGAACUGUAAGGAUGCCAGUGGACCUCCUGCCAAGAAGAUCCUGGGAGAUGGAAAAAGAUCUCCCUCCACCCCAGUCACAUGGAGGUCCAACUCAACUGGAAUAGUUAUAAAUGAUCUCACAAUGGAGAUUGUACGCUAUCGCCUGAUUGGACCACAGUCUCAUUCUGUUCUGGCAGAAACUUUGGAAGCUGCUACAGAUUGUGAUGAAAUUAAUAAAUCCCAGCCAUCCACUCUUUGGUGGCCUGAGCACUGCAAAGACGAGAGCAAGAUGAAUCUGCAUCGACAACAAGUUGACAUAUUUAACAUAUUGAAAGACAUCUAUUCAUCUGGAGAGCUCCCCUCAGGCACAGUGCUGGGUUUGACUGUAGAUGACCCCAGGCUGACUUUACCAACAAAGAGGGUUAAAGCUUUGCCCUGUGUAAAGCAGGCACAAGAGGUGGAUGAGGAGAAGAGGAGGGAGCUGAUGCUGCGAGGAGUACCAGAACUCUGUUGUCAGAGUUUCCUGUGGGAGCGGUCCAUCCGGGACAACGUCACUGAUAACAAGAUAUCAGAGCAGGAGUUGAACCGUAUGAGGAGCGAGGUGCUGGUGCCAGGUUCCAGGCUGAGCCCCACUCCCCUGCAGGGCAGAGUCCCCAUCCUGCUGGUUCACCAGCCUGGCAAGCAGGUGGGACAUGAGAUGAACUCCUGGGGUGCUGGAUGGGACCUGCUGCUUCCUAAAGGCUGGGGCAUGGCCUUCUGGGUCCCACUGGUGUACAGGGGAGUUCGCAUCGGUGGGCUGAAUAUGAGUCUGAAACACUCUCAGAAUAAAGCAAGCCCCCACUUCCCCCAUGAUUACCCAGACUGUCCCGCAGGCAUUCGUUUUCAGGAGGAGCAGGAGGCCGAGCUCCUGGAUAAGUUCAAAAGGCGUCCGCCUGCCAAAAGGACCAAUUACAUUAAACAUGGCUGUCUGGCUCCAUUCCGUUGCCCGUGGCAACAGCUGGCUGAGGAGUGGGAGCUUAUCACAAGGGAAGGAAGAGAGGAGAGGAAAAGAGACAGCCAGACCCAAACCAAAACAGGCGCUGACACAGUUACGGAGGUGGAGAUGACAUCACAUCCAGAUAUCACUGUAACAAAGCCUCCGAGCCGCUUCGCUGUACUAAGAAACAGAAAGUCUCUGAGGCUGCUCUCUGGUUGGUGCAGACCCACAACAUCUAAAGGUCAGAGACCGUGCCGUGUUGGUGAGGUGCCACCUCUUGACUCUUCAGCUGCAACGUCGUUUCUCACAGAGCAUGGGAUGAGUCUGGUGUGGGUGCGUCUGUCAUUGCUGUCAAAGGGCAAACCAGAGCUGCAUGCCAUGGUGUGUGCGCCAAUCACAGAGGACCUGAGGCUGCUCAGCAACAAGUCAGACUGCAGCAGCCCCCAGGAGCCGCCACAUAAAAACCACUUUAACAGCAGACUUAAAUGCAGAAAGAAGGGCUCCAAGAAACUGGCUACAACCUCGUCCUCUGAUAAGACUGAGGGGAGUGGGUCAGACCUUCCCUCUGCUUCUGAACCAAAUCUCACUUCUGUGGAAGAUGCCAAAUCAUCCUCUGAGACUCCCACAGAUCUCAUUUUCGGGCUGUGGCCAGACCCAUUGCCGAGCAUCACCUCUCACUGCUCCCGAGUGACUCUAGGCUGGGUUACACAGGGUGACUUCUCCCUGUCUGCAGGCUGUGGGGAGGCUCUGGGGUUUAUCAGCGUUGCUGGUCUCAUUAGCACCCUCCUCAACCAGCCGAUGGAACACAGAGGAACAUUGCUGUUGCGCAACCCCACUUCCCUGAGUUACCGCUUUGCUAAAAUCAACAUAGAGGUCUGACUGAAACAUCUGACCCUAUGCAGAACCUGAUUUCCAAAAAGCACCAAAUUCUGCAUUAUUGGAGAAAGAUACAACAAUCUGCCGCAACAAUAGAACCAGUCACAGUUUUUAAUGUUGUAGCUAAUUGUUGUACACAGAUCUUUUGUCCUGCAGAGUCUUAAGAUAAUAUGCAACCAAGUUUGCAUGAUGCUUCAUUAACUAAGUGAUUUCCCAGAAUCCCUGUGCCUUUAUAAUUGCUUUCAUAUAUUGUGCGAUCAUCUACAGUGUUGGCUGAGGAUUUAAUGGCAUCCACCUGGAAUGACUAACAGCUACUGGGUGUCAGUGUUUAAAAGAGGAUUUUCAGUUGUAAAUGUUAUUACUCUGGAAAGAGACAUUCUUAUUGUUUCAAUUUAAUAAUUUAUUUGCAUAUUUGUUUUAAUACUAGUUCCUUUGUCAGAGGAAUGCUCCACAACGGGAUCAGUAAAAUAAUGGAACUGAAUGAAAACCUUAGUUUCAGUUACAAAGAUUAGUUUAGUGUUUUAUCAACCAGGUUUCCAAAAGAAUUAAUUUAUGGCUUAUUGUACAUCCUCUUAUAUCCAGAGCAGAGUGUUUACGUUGGUGGCAUUCUGUUGUUUUUAAAAAGUCAAGGGUUUAAAUAUCAGAAAUGUCACUUUCUGUUUAAAAUGCCACAGCACAGAAAAGGUUUUGUUUGAACAUAAGCUAAUAAAAUACUGGACUUGACAGAA